CUGACGAGUGACGACUUUGAAUUUUGGAAUUGGAGUCGUCAUGAAAGCGGCGGCAGCCAACAAACACUAUAACACCCAAAAAUGGGACGGAGUUUCCAGUGGCUGUACGCUGGUACGAAUACAGAUUAAACUUCCAAACGAACCCAGAAUUUGAUGAAUUCCUCUUCUACUAUUCAUUCAUUUUGAUUUAUCAUUGCAGUUUCCAAUAAAAUGAUUCACCAAUGUAUUUUCAAGCUCCCAUUCUCUCCUCCCCCUUCUUUGUCCACCAUUAGAACCAAUUCUACAAUCCGCUGUGAAUCGCCCGCCACCAGCAAUGACAUAGCAGUGAAAAGAGACCCACCUUACCCGGGUGGGGUGGGUCUGCAUACUGGUAGAGACCCGAAUGUCAAGAAGCCUGGGUGGCUGAGGCAAAGGGCGCCGCAAGGGGAGAAGUACGAGGAGGUGAAGGAAUCCCUGUCCAGGCUCAAACUCAAUACUGUGUGUGAAGAAGCGCAGUGUCCAAACAUUGGAGAGUGCUGGAAUGGCGGUGGGGAUGGAAUUGCUACUGCAACGAUCAUGCUGCUCGGAGAUACCUGCACGAGAGGAUGUAGAUUUUGUGCUGUCAAGACGAGUAGGAAUCCGGCUCCUCCCGAUCCUAUGGAGCCUUACAACACUGCCAAGGCCAUUGCUAGUUGGGGGUAUAAAAUUCUCUUGCUAUUGAAUUUUUACUGGACUCGUUAUUUACUUUCUCCUUUUACUAUCAAGAUUACUUCCAUUCCUUGCCUGCAGCCAACUCCAUUGCAUCUUACUGUCAAAGACUACGUCACGCCCGAAAAAUUUGCCUUCUGGAAAGAUUAUGGAGAGUCAAUCGGUUUCUGUUAUGUUGCAAGCGGACCCAUGGUUCGGUCCUCGUAUAGGGCUGGGGAACUUUUUGUCAAGACCAUGGUGAAAGAGAUGGCGAAUAACGCAUCUAAUGUAUCUGCAUAAUUCUAACCCAUCUGCUCAAGUAGACAUGCAUUCUCUCGGAAAAAUUUGGCAUUCAAUUGUGACUAUGGUUAUCUGAAUGCAACGAGAAGCUUCAGUACACAAACAGAUUGGGAAGCAACAAACUUAGUCUGGUACUGGUGUAUGUUUGAGAUGAAAAUGAUUAUUCAGGUUUGGCGUUAUGACUCCCUACACAUUUUUAAAUUUAUUGAUUACAAUUUUUAUAAACUUGAUUCUUUAUCUUUGUUGUCUUGUAUAAGAUCUUAAUCCUAUUCUCCAACGGAAACAGGCUUAUCUUUGUUCUCUUGUAUAAGAUCUUAAGCUUAUUCUGCAAAGGAAACAGGCUUUUCUCUA